GUAGAAACCCCUCUACCAUUCCCCUUUGUCUCAGUGGCGGCCUCCUCCCUCAAUCUCAUAUGGAGGACGACGACGACGACGACGACAGGAUUAGCAGUUUACCGGACGAGAUCCUCUGCCACAUAUUAAGCUUUGUGGAAACCAAAGAAGCUUGUGCAACGAGGGUUCUUUCGAAGCGGUGGAAGUCAGUGUGGCAGUGGAGUACAUCCCUUACUGCGGACUUCGAUGACGCCUGCUACACCAAUUCCGAAGAAUCUUAUCGCCUUUUUCUUGACUACCUCUAUAUGGCUUUCACCGCCAUAUAUCCAUCUUAUAUGAGCCUCAAUGGAUGUACCACUGCAACAGUUUCCCCAUGUUUCACAAUUUAAUCCAUCUUCAGCUUGUCUACCAACGCUAUAAUGCUCAUUGGUCUCAGGUGCUGGAAUUGCUCCAUCAUUGCCCCAAGCUUCAACUUCUUGCCAUAAACCAGCCGGAUAUUCAUAGCUUUCACUUUGAACAAAUUCAAAAAGGAGAGUGGCAAUUACCACCAUCUGUUCCUCAAUGCCUUCUAUUACACCUUAAAAGAUGCUAUCUAAAUCAUUAUAGAGGCACCAAACCUGAGUUUGAAUUUGCAAGAUAUAGUAUGCACAAUGGAAGGUUUUUAAAGAGCAUGACCAUAUCCACUGGUAUUGCCAAAAAUCCAAAGUUUAAGAUGUUAAAAGAAUUAUCCUCAUGCAAGAGGGGCUCUGCAACUUGUAGGCUUUGCUUCAAAUGACAACACUCAAGAUUUUCUAUGCAAGAGGCGCUUUGCAACUUUGAGACUUUCCUUUCAUUUCCUCCCUUUUAUUUUUAUCUAGUAGCUAGUUACAAGGAUAUGGAUUUCGUCUUAAUUUUAUUUUGUACUAAUGAACAAUCAUUGCAAAUUUAAGAUAUGGUGCUCAAGUGUGUGGCAAUUGUAUGUUCCA